GGGCGGGAGAGAAAAGUGUGGAUGACCCCGAGUGUGAGAAGGAAAGGCAACUUGGAAGUCGUGUAGUCGCUGCUCAGCUUUUGCUAAGCUUCACAGUCCACUCAUUGAUUGUUAUUUGAAUUUAGAACUAGUUCUUAGCCCUGGAUGUAUGGGUUCCGGCCAGGCCUUGUCUUUUAAUGUUUCUGAGCCUCAGGGUCCUCAUUCUUAAUAUGCAGAUUAAGAACACACACCUCCACUAUUCAUUCAGCUAGUGUUUUAUCUGUUUCCUACUGUGUUAGGCACUGUUCUUAAGUCCUGAAGAUGCAAUGCAGAGGAAGACACUUCCAGUUUUUUGCACGGGUGGAGUUGGUGGAGGCAAACAUGAAAGUUUCAGGUUGUGACUACGGGGCAAGGCUUUCCUUCUCUUUUAGGAGGCGAUGUUUUGAGUUAAAAUCCGACGACUGAAAAAGAAUAAGCAAUGUGAAAAUCAGUUUAGGCAUAGGAAAGAACAAGUGCAAAGGCCAUGUGAGGAACAGAAAGUGGCCAUUGUGGUCCAAGAGCAAUAAGUGAGGAGGUGAGUGGCACAGGAUGAUGUAGGCAGUGGUCAGAUAACACAAGGUGAGACUGCAGUAUGAAAAACGGAUGCAGGGCCAAGACUGAGUGUGGAAACCAGUCAGGAAGCAUCCACCGAGUGGUAAUGUGUACAUAGUGGGUACUCGAUAUUUAUUACAUUCGCUUCCAUCUUAUGUUCAUCCUUGCUAAUUCUCCCUUGACUUUUCCCCUCAUUUCUUUUUUCCCUUUCCUCCCUGGUUAGGGUUUGGUUUACUGGUAUCCUUUGGUUCAAUUUCUUGAUGACCUGCCUUUGUUGAUUUGAGUAGGGAAGAUUUGUAUGUGUAGAAUGUCCAUCUAUACUGAUGCAUAUUUGUAAUUUACAUAAGCAAUAAAAUGUACAUGUAGGUUCAGCAAAAUGACUUAAUAGGGACCUGGGAAAAGAAGGGGUUGAUCACUUGGACCUUCUGCAUAACUGAAAGCAAAUAAACAUCUUUCCAUUUGUUUAAAAACAAAUUAGAAAAAUCCAAAAUGUAGGAAAUUCCUUUCAAGCCAAUCAAAGAGACUUCUUUUAACUGUAAGUUUGUGCAUAUAAGGUGAUGUUUCUUGCUUUUGUUACUUCAGCCUAGAAAUGUGUCUUCAGGGUUGUUACUUUGAAUACUGCUCUUAAUACUGAUCCAGGAUUAAGAACAUAUGUAAUUGUAGUUGAUACUCUACUUCUCAAACUGAAAACCCCUGGGAUGUAAGAUAGAAGCUAUAGGAUAAAUGUAACUGUAUUAAACAAAAAAUGUAUACCAACUGCUUUAUUAUGUACUAGUUACUGUGGCUAGGCACUAGAGGGAAAGACAAAAUGGAUGUGGCCUUUAACCCUCUAAAGGGUAUAGUUUAAUGAGAAUAACAGUUCUAGAAACAGAUCAAUGCAAGUAUGUAAUUACAUAAUCAUAAAUGUGUUAAGUGUUAUGAAAAGAGUAGGAUCCGAUAAGGGGACUAACAAGGGGGACUUACUUUAGAUUGGGUGUCAGGAAGGGCUCAAAGCACUGACACAAUUGGAGGCGUGAAGACACACCCAAUACCUGUCUUUUGGUAAACGUGUGCAUUUCUGUUGACUCUACUAUAUGUACCUAGAAAUGAAAUUGCUAGGCCACUAGAUCAGUUUUGAAUAUUGAGAUUUUGAAGAAUCUUUAAGAAAUUCAGGUGACAUUUGUCAGUAGGAAGUUCGUCAGCAGGAAGUUGAAGAUGUCUGUCUCUAUAAUUCAGGAAGAGACUGAGCCAUUCCACAGAUUUUGAAGUACACCGAAACUGGCUUGCUAUCACUCACAGUUUGCCAAUAUCACAGUGGUAUUAUGAAGCAACUUCAGAGUGGACCUUGGACUACCCCCCUUUUUUUGCAUGGUUUGAGUAUGCCUUGUCACAUGUUGCCAAAUAUUUUGAUGAAGAGAUGCUGAAUGUCCAUAAUCUGAAUUAUAACAGCUCAAAGACCAUUCUUUUCCAGAGAUUUUCCGUCAUCUUCACAGAUGCACUCUUUGUGUAUGCUGUGCAUGAGUGCUGUAAGUGCAUUGAUGGGAAAAAAGCAAGUAAAGAACUUACAGAGAAACCAAAGUUUAUUCUAUCAGUAUUACUGCUGUGGAACUUUGGGUUGUUAAUUGUGGACCAUAUUCAUUUCCAGUACAACGGCUUUUUGUUCGGAUUAAUGCUGCUCUCCAUUGCACGGUUAUUUCAGAAAAGGCACGUGGAAGGAGCAUUUCUCUUUGCUGUUCUCCUACAUCUCAAGCACAUCUACCUCUAUGUAGCCCCUGCCUACGGUGUAUACCUGCUGCGAUCUCACUGCUUCACUGCCAACAAACCAGAUGGGUCCGUUCGAUGGAACAGUUUCAGUUAUGCCCGAUUUAUUUCCCUGGGACUGAUUGUUUUUCUAGUUUCUGCUCUUUCGUUGGGUCCUUUCCUAGCCUUGAACCAACUGCCUCAAGUCUUCUCCCGGCUCUUCCCGUUCAAACGGGGCCUCUGCCAUGCGUACUGGGCUCCAAACUUCUGGGCUUUGUACAGUGCUUUGGAUAAAGUGCUGUCUGUCAUCGGUUUAAAAUUGAAACUUCUUGAUCCCAACAAGAUCCCUAAGGCCUCAAUGACAAGUGGUUUGGUUCAGCAGUUCCAACACACGGUCCUGCCCUCAGUGACGCCCUUGGCCACCCUCCUCUGCACUCUGAUCGCCAUAGCGCCCUCUAUUUUCUGUCUUUGGUUUAAACCCCAAGGGCCCAGAGGCUUUCUCCGAUGUCUCAUCCUUUGUGCCUUGAGCUCCUUCAUGUUUGGGUGGCACGUCCAUGAGAAAGCCAUCCUCCUAGCGGUUCUCCCAAUGAGCCUUCUGUCUGUGGGAAAAGCAAGAGAUGCGUCAAUUUUUCUGAUUCUGACCACAGCAGGACACUAUUCCCUCUUCCCUCUGCUCUUCACUGCACCAGAACUUCCCAUUAAAAUCUUACUCAUGUUACUAUUUACCACCUACAGUAUUUCCUCACUGAAGACUCUAUUCAGGAAAGAAAAACCUCUUUUUAAUUGGAUGGAAACUUUCUACCUCCUUGGCCUGGGGCCUCUGGAAGUCUUCUGUGAAUUUGUAUUCCCUUUCACCUCCUGGAAGCUGAAGUACUCCUUUCUCCCUUUGCUACUGACCUCAGCGUAUUGUGCAGUGGGCAUCGCAUACGCUUGGUUCAAACUGUAUCUUUCAGCAUUGACUGACCCUCCUGCUGGCAAGACAAGGAAGCAAUGAAUAAAGGAACUGCUUGGGUAAAUUCCAAGCAAUUAUUUCAUGGGAUGUUAAUCAGAACUUAAAGAAAGUGCUGGUGGCAUGAACCAUUCAGUAGAGCUGUUUGAGGACCAUUCUUCCAGGCUUGGCCUCUCCCAGCCUAGCAACCUGAUGGUCACCAUGGUGAGAAGCCAGGCUCCUCCAAAAGCAGCAAAACACAUCUGAAAAAAAUCUCACCCUGCCCCGUCAGCAUUGCCAAGCCUUUUCAGGUUGCUGCGCGUGCGCCAGGCAAGCAGGGAAAUCUGGUCGACGGCAGGAUUUUUGUAGCCUGUGAUCAUUGCUGUUAGGCUAUAAAGUGCAAUUAGAAUCAUGUGCUAAGGGAGAUAUAAAUAAAAUACCACUUUUUAUUUCUGCAUAAAAAUUUUUUGGUUCAUUA